AUGGCGGUCUUCAAAGACGAUGAAAACUCAUCAAAUGUGACGUAUGAAGACAGUCCAGUACUAGAGUUUGACGUCAUAUCCGUUGAGGCGCUGCAUAUUGCAGACAUUUUGAUCAACUGCGUUCUGAUUAACGCCAUAUGCCUGUUGGGGAUUGUGGGUAAUGUCCUGAACGUCCUGGUCCUUCAUCAACGCAAGAAGAGGACUCCCACCAACUAUGUUAUGAUGUCACUCUCUGUCUGCGACCUCGUCUACGUCAUAACCCUCAUCCUUAGACGCAGUUCCUGCGUCAUCGCGGCGUUUGACGUCACUGGUUCUAUGACGAUGGAGGCCGUGCAGUCGGCUUAUUUCCUCACAAUAAACACGCUGUUCAGGAAAUUUUCCACCGGGCACAUCGUUCUUUUAUCGCUAGAGCGAAUGAUCGCCGUUUACCUCCCUUUAAAAGCAGCGCUCUAUUUUUCGUCGAAAAAAACCGCAUAUUACAUGAUGGCCAUUGCAUUGUUUUGGAUAGCUCUAGUCUGUCCCCUCUUUUCGUACAUGUUUGAGUUGAAAUGGGUCUAUCUUGAGCAAUUCAACACAACAGUUGGCGAAGCUGUUUUUUCUAACUUCAUCCUUCAAAACUGGGAUGCUCUAAGCAUUCUCAAUAUAACAACUGACUGGAUUAAGGGCCCUUUGCAGUUUAUAAUUAUCUCCAUGUUAUCUUUAUGUACGGUGUUGAAACUCAAAGACUACAACCGGAAGCGGAUGUCCUUGACGUCAACACAAGUUAUUGACGUACGCGCAGCAAAGAUGCUUCUAGCAGUCUGCCUGGCGUAUCUUCUCACUUCCUGUCCCACGUUCGUCCCGCCCAUUUUUUACCUGGUCAGACCGGAACUGAUGUCACAGAUGGACGGGGAGUCCAGGCUUGGCAUCCUGCUAGAGAUGGUCACUGAUUUCUUGGGUGCUAUCAGCGCUUCGGUUAAUUUCGUCAUCUAUGUCGCCAUGUCUAAGAAUUUCUUUAGAACAUACCAGCAUCUACGUUGUAAGAGAUAG